CAACCAGCUGUUUAAUAUUUGUUUGUGUAACGGUCAGCUGUUGAGAACAAAAAGUAGAAUUCACCACUAAAAACAAUAUGUCAGCUACCAAAACUUUACGUUCUCUACUCCAGGAGUUACGUAGCGCUUCUCCCAAUGGCUGCAUUAAGAAUUCCUUAGCAGCUCGUUAUAUUUUGGCUCAAUACAAGAAAUUCUCUACAACCGAUCAACAAUUAUGCAAAGCACGCGAUGAGGCCCUAUUUUUGGGACAAACUUAUCAAACCUAUUUAUCCAGUUUGCGUAAAUACAAUGAAUUGCAUAAGGAAUAUCAUGGUCGUGGUGAAAGGACUGUUAGGGAAACUGCCGAUAUGGUCGGUUUCAAACUUCCAACUGAUCCCAAGUGAAUUGGGCUAAGAUGCCUAUGUGUACUUUGUUUAAAGGAGAAUGUUUAAUUAGCUUUAGUAGUAAAUAUUAUAUUAGUUUAAUAAAAAGGUUGCUAAACUAAGAA